CUGUCUUGCUAUGCGUUUGGAAGCCGAGGCGCUGCACUGUCAUUCCACGGUUUUAAACACCCGCUUACCGUGGAGGGACGCGUCAAGGCGGCAGGGGUCUUGUGCCAUGACGUCACGCCUGGGGUAAGCUUCGCAGCUAUGCCAUACAACAUCACUCUUCUCAUGUACAAUACGUCUUACACCCAAUUCAUUUAAACGAUUAAUAGAGUUGCCUCGUAACCUUUUGACCGAAACCCUGCAUUUCUUGCCUUAACACAUACGACACUCUUGCCAGCAACAAUGGAGGCCGGAGCCGCUGGUGUGCUCUACGCAGCCGAGAAUCUACUCGAGGGUGCCGUCGCCCUCGUAAAGGGCAUUACUCAUCCGACACUGCCCAUCAAGGCAAAUCUUACGCGUAUAUCUUCGGUUCCCCUCGCUCGCUCGCACCACACUGUCUCAGUAGUCAAAGGUCGCGCAUAUAUCUUUGGAGGAGAGACCGAGGCUGGCAAGCUCGCAGACAAUGACAUGCACAUUGUCAUUCUACCGUCGAGCGGCGUUCUCGAUGCUGACUACACCAAGUAUCCCGCUCGCGCGACAAACGGUCUGGACGACGUACCGAACUCGAGAAAAGGACAUACGGCUACGGUGAUAGGAGAUAGCAUAUACGUGUUUGGCGGCGAAGGAGAAAGUGUAGCAAACGAGAAGGGGCGGGUUUGGGUUUAUGAUACAGUAUCGAACACCUGGUCUUACCUUGAUCCAGCGGAAGGCACGCUCUAUCCCAGCCAGCGAGCUGGUCAUGCUUCGGCGAGUUCAGAUCUGCCAGGCCCGAAGACAACGACAUAUGUCGAGAAGGCACCACAAGCACCUGCUGACCCCGCAAAGAAUGUUCCUGAGCCGCCGGAAGCUAAUUCAUACGGGACCAUCUUCGUAGUCGGAGGUCGCGAUACUUCGAGCAAUGACCUUGCAAAUGAUGCGCUUGCAUUUGACGUCAAGACGAGAACAUGGACCAAUAUACCUUCUCCAACAGGGCAGCCCCGAGAAGGCGCAGGCUUAGCACUCGUUGGCAGUCGCCUAUAUCGAUUUGGUGGCAAGGGCAUCGAGACGUUUGCCUCAGGUGCGACUGAGUACGUGGACGCAUCACAUGUAUGGACGCAUGCAGAACGCGGAACUACACCGGUCGCGAGUGGCUGGAGCUGGGAAGAAGUGAAGCACACGGACAGCCAAGGUAGUACUGCUACAGCACCACAGGCGCGGGCGGACGCAGGACUUGUAGGCGUCACGACAGGCCAAGGGCGACACUACCUGCUAGCUGUCGGCGGAGAAACUGAGGAUGGGAGCUAUCUUGACGAUAUAUGGGCGUUGCAACUUGCACCUGAGCGAUACACGGCUGCAGCCACCAAGGACGCUAUCCGCUCCGGUAUGAAGAGGGACACGCAUGAGUCGCAGUGGGCCGAGGUAGUAUACCGGUACGUAGACACAAAGGGCGAAGAAGAGAAGGAGAUACCAGGAAAACCAAAGAGGGGUCUCGGGGCAAGAGGACAUUUCGGUAUCGCCAAGGGUACAGAGGUUGAUGGAGCGACAUGUGUAGUGUGGGGUGGUGUUGACAUGAACGGUAGUGUACUAGGCGAUGGUUGGAUGAUUACUGUUGACAGGUGAGCUGUCAUGUCGUGCUUUCGUGAAUAUAGAUGGAACAUGCACUUCAAACAUGCAUCUACGGCAAAUAAUGUUUGACCGCCUAGAAUGUGGUCAAUUUGUGGAUCUCCGAUGCUCCUUCCUGUUCUAUCUUUAAGAAAGAGUUCUUAGGAUUUUCCGGCUUUUUCCUGGUGUAUGCGUGAUCUUAUAGGGAGAAGCUCAUAUUUCCUUAAUUUUCUUGUUCCUAAUAACGUUGUAGACGCGACGUGACGCGACGCUCGGGGCAAUUACCGGCGUAACGAUGCGGCAAACAGCACCAAGCCUCAAGACCCCCUAGCCAUCUGGAUCUGCGCUGCGCUAC